UGUGUACAAAACGAAACUAAGCUUUCCAUUUCUUCUGGAAAGAGAUGAGAGACUACGUAAAACAACAAACUCUCCGAUUCAUAUCAGAUGUGGGUUCCGUUUGAUAAGAUUGAUUCAUACACAAAAAAGCAGCUUCCAUUAGUUUUAAGUCGAAUAGUGGGUACCAAAAUAAUGGGGAAAAAGUCAUUUUUCGCAAGUUAUUGUUAGUGAAGUGAUUUAAAUAUGACAUCGACGUGCGCAUUUAUCGUUAUGAUUGUUACCGCCUAUGCUUCUGCUGGGGUGAUUCCGGUGCCAAAAGAAAAUGCGUCAAGUGAUUUGUUAAAAGACAUAGUACCAGUCCAUCAGCACAAAACUUUAGCUACGUUGAUAGCCGAGCUCAAAGGCUUGGAGAUAUGGCGGCAAAACGAAGUCAAAAAGGCUUUUAAGGACCCAGAAUUGGUGAGAGAUCCGAAUUUGGUGAGGUAUCUGCUAUCUCUGGUGGAACUCGAUAAGCGAUGGUUCGUCUAUUCUGUCAGGAUACUAGACUCUCUCGAAAUGCUGGAUCAUCCUGAUGACAAAACCUCGGAAGAAAUACAACAGGCAACCGACGCUGUCCUUUAUUUUAACCGCCAUCAGGAUGCAAUUAAAAUGAAUAUUCAUCAGAUCAAGGCUACUGUCGUUGAAGCAGAAACCCAGGUCCCAGAUGAACUUCUCAAAACGCAUCAAAUGGAGGUGGUAACUACAGCAUUUCAUCUCACUUACGUGAAAUUACUUGAAGCAUUCAAUGAGUACGAAGCUCAAAGUUCGCAGACUAAGUCCACGUACUCAAGAAAUUAUGUUGGCACGCAACUCUUUCGAGUCUUAGCAGUAUGAAUAGAUAAUUAUAUUUUGUAUAGGUUAAUAGAUUAAGUAGUGUGAAUAAUUAAUUUUUUACUUAAUUUAAAUUGUACGUGCUAUGUAAAAAUAAAUGGAUUUUUUUUCUAAGUUUGA